AUGGCUGUUCCAAAUCGACCGGCAACACAUACAGCUCAAACCCAACUUCGUCCAAAUGUUACUGAUGAUUAUGAGCGAUGGUAUACUGAGUCGGCUCCCAACAACCGGAUGUUGCUGUCUCUCCGCUCCGGGAUCGAUUCUGAAGUCACUUGGGCUCUGGACCGUCUCUGUCGACUAUGCAACAACGAGCAGUUUGUGCUGAGGGCCAUACCUGGACUCACGGACGCGCUGUUCGAAUGGCCGGAUUGGUAUGUGGGCAAGGGCGGAGAAGAGUGCACUCGGAUGGCUGCAUUAUUUGCUCUUCCCCAGGAUCUAGAGAAGAUGCAGCGACACGCUCUUGAAUCGCUUUUCGUGCUUCGUAACUCGGCCGUCAACGAACCCAAUGCAGACGAACUGUCUGGCCACCAGCGGACGCGCGCGCUUAUCCUGCUGGCUUUGCAUAAUGUCAAACCUGAUUCAGACGCGAAUACUGAAUUUUUACUAUAUAUAAUCGAACUCCUUCAGGCCAUCGCCCCUACCUCGGUCUUGCCACCUCCGGAUGCCCCAGCUACGGCCAACCCGAUACCCCCGUUGCGAGAACUUGCAGGCAGCACGUCCAAUCGCUCCUUGAUCAUUGCAUCUUUGUCCACUCUCAGCAUGAUUUUGUCAAAUCCUCCCAAUCUGGUCCAUUUGACAGAAGAUUCCUCUGCGCUGAAAGCGGCCAUCAGAGUCUUGCCACUAUUCGUAGACAAACCUUUGAUUGAAGCGGCAAUGAACUACCUCUACACGCAUCUGUCGUAUCCACCGAUGUCCAAAGCUUUCCUUCUCCACCCGCAAAUGCCAGCCACGAUGAAGUUACUGGUAUCUUUUAUCCUCUCAGAGCAAAUUGAAGAAAUAGUCUCAGUCGGAAUCGGUGGUCCCGUGCAUACUGCUCUGGCUCAGGUAGUUUCUACGAAAGAUCACGAAUUAACACAGGAGGAACUGGACAGACUCGUUCCUAUGCCCGAACCGCAGCGGUGUUACGAAUGGAUGAAAACGAUGUUCGUCGCCAAACCUGAUGGUGAGCUGACGCAAGUGGAUUUCUGGAAUUUGUACAAGGACGUCUUCACCCCAUAUCAAGACCGGUACCAUCUACUGGUGGCAUCAGACGUCAUUAAGAAUGUCAAUCUUGUCUUCACGCAGGCGCAGGCAAUGGUUCUUCCUGGUCCCCCCCAACGCUUUGUUGUGCGCGGCGUGGAUCGGCGAAAGGAACUAUCAGCCAUGGAACAAUUCAGGUGUCUGUGGGACCGAUCACAAUGUUCUGCAGCUGUAUUUGGAUCCACCGGAGAGCUGUACGAGCACAUCUUGCAGCAGCAUAUCAACACGCAUGAAGGCUCUGAGUUGUCUUGCUCGUGGGCCUCGUGUACACAUCCGCCUCUCACGAGGGCACAUAUACGCGGGCAUGUCCUCACACAUCUGCCAAACAUGCAGGAAUCUCCGCGGGAUCCGUCCCAGAGCGAUGUGAUUACACUUCCGUCGGAGGACUUCCCACAUCCAACGAACGACCCGACCACUCGUCCUGCUCCCCCACCGCGCUCACCCAGCAUCAAUUACAAAAGGCCAAUUGUGGAUCCGCCUUCCAGCGCGUUGACAGCGCUGCUCUGCAUGAGGUUGCUGUUCCGUGCGUCCUUCGCAUCGUCUGACGCGGCACCGCGUGUCGACGAAGAUCACUUCGGUUUUCCUGGGGUUGUAGAGGAAACAGAAGACAAGGAAGCUGCGAUGGAACUCAGCGGAGGAACCGAAAGUGAGAAAGAGGGAGAGAGGAGAGGGCGGAAGGCAUUUAUGGGUAUUCGACACUUGUUGGAGGGUGUGCGGAUACGAGACGAUGCACUUAUGGGGUGGAUCACCGAGAUGGUGGACGCAGGGAUUACGGGGACGACAUGA